AUGCUUAGAAGAUAUUUGAUGAAUAACAAACCUUGUAAUAAAUCCACAUACAUAAUUAUUAGUCAUGCUACCAACUUAGAUAUAUUGAAUAAGAACUUUUCCACAUUUGUUCAAUGCAAAAUUAACCCACCCUCAUUAUUUGGUCUAACUUUUUCUUAUGACAAAAAAUUCUUUGGAGUAAAAAGAGUGGUUCAAAAGAGAAAGUACAUGUUAAAAUUGAUACAACCCCAUCAAGAAUGUUUCGAUGCAGAAAAAUACAAAAAAUAUUUAGAAAAAGAAAGAUUAAGAGAAAAAAUCGAUAUAAAUAAUAUAAAUAUUGAUAAUGAGAAAGAAGUAGAAUUAUAUGAAGAUUAUUUAUUAAAUUAUAAAUAUAAUAAAAGAGAGGUCGAAAAAAAUGCGAUUCUCCCCUUAUCAUUAUUAUCAUCAUCCUUCAUAAGAAGAGCUAUUUAUUCAAAUAGGGAAAAUAUUUUAAAAAAUUUAAAAAACAUUAACUGGAAAAGGUAUUGCUGUAAUGUUAAAGGCGUAAGAUGGCAUGCUAGUGGAGCAUGGCGUGUCUAUUUUUGCAAAAGAAAUUAUCAGCACAAUUUUUUUGUUAAAUGUGAUUGCUAUUUUCGUGUAAGUAUAUAUGGGUUUGAAAAAAGCAAAGAGCUAGCUGUUCUUUAUAGGAAAAGACUCGAAUAUGAAUAUAUACUACUAAUGAAAAGAUGGAAAGAAAUCGAAAUGGAAAAUGCUAAAAAAAGAAAAAAUAUUAAGGAGUCAAAAAAAAAUUAUAAUAACUCUGAUGAAGAACAAGAAGACAACGAACAAAUAAUUAAUGCGACUUACAAUAAUGAGAAUUAA